AAAGAAGAAAGCGCCCCUUUUAAGUUUAAUACACACAAAAGCAGUAUAACAUAUGCUGGAAAUCACAUUUAUUUGUCACAUUAAAUUUAGACUCAAAAACAUCCAACAAAAUGGGAGAAAAACGAAAAACCACACUCUCGCUCCAUCUCCACUUUCCAAGUCCUGUUCAUUUCAUUUAGUAAACAGAAAAUGGAAAAAACAAUUUGACAACCGGACGCAGCCGAACUAUCAAUCUACUAAAUUUAACUCGGCCAUCGGGAAGCGCGUUCAGCGCUACGUUCACUUUUAGCCAACACUCAAAAGCCCAAAAUAUAACAUUAGUUGAUUAUUUUAACCUCGCUAGAAAAUAUAAUCCUCCACGACGUGGUAACUAAGGUCUCGCGUGUUUAACAUGCAGUGAAAUCGGACACCCCGCGACCACAAACAUGAAAAGAUGGGACCAAAUCUCAGACACAUCCAAAACCUGGUCGUCUUGCUGACUUGAAAACUAUGAGCCUGAAGGAAGCAUCCCCCGAACAAAGUAUUGGCCGCGAUCCAAAAUCCAAACGCAACAGUGGCCUCUUUGCCUUCUUCAAAUGGUUCAAGCCCUCGGCAUCGCGAGAAUCCAUAGACGUCGAGCCGCAAAUAUCCAGUUCGACCAGUUCGGAUAGCCUGAAUUCCAUCCACAGUGCGGGCACAGUAGCAUCCUUCUCCUUCGUACCAGCCAGUGCAUACAAGAAAUGUGUCUCAGAAAAGUGCAUCGCUCCAGGCCCUGAGACCGACACCUACAAGGCCAGACUCAAACAAAGGGACAAGAGACGGGAGAAUGACAAGAAUCUGACGCUCAGGAAGAAGUACAACCUCUUCUUCCACCGCGAUACGCUACAGCACCCAAUAACUGUCGACGAGGAAAACUCGAAGAGCCUUCCUCUGAUGACGCGGGGUGUUAUGGAAAUCGACGAGGAACCGAAAGUGCACAGGAGGACCAACAGCGAGUCUUCGAAGAUCAGGAAAAGCGGUUACACACACGUCAAAGGCAAGCGGAAAGCUCCACAACCACCGAUGUCCAAAACAGGGCAGGACGGCAUGUCCACAGCUAGUCUGAGGAGAACCAAACGUUUAGCCCCUGCCCCACCGCCGGUCGACAAAAUCAUCGAAACCCUUCAGGACGAACAAGUUGUAUGCAACGAUUAUCUGAAGCUAGACCAUGGGUACUUGAGACCAGUUAGAGAUACUGGCUCUAUUUCUCCUGUACCCGACAAAGCUUACGAACUAUUAUCGACUUCUCCGAAGCUUGCUGCUGAGGCCCCAGUGUCCCCUAGACCUUGGUACAAACGCAAUACCAUCAAAGACAGCGUCUCAAGCAAGAAAGACAAAGCUGACCACAAGUACGAACCUAUAGAACGCUUACCAGAAGUCCCAUUCUCCAGAAACUCAACAUUGGAUUUGACAAUUGAAGAUAAGAAGAAAGAAGAAAAGAGAAAGUCCGGUAUGUCGUUUCUUACAAACAUAAGCGAGUUGGAUAGAGAAGCAUACGAGAUCGUGAGGAACAAAGACAAGGACAAAAACCUGGAAGAAAUGCCCGAGUUUAUGCGUCCAAAAGAAGAGAAGGGAAGCACCGACAGUUGGGUGUCUCCCAAACGGAGAUCAGCUAGGGAUCUAAUAGCAAAGUUCAAUGCUAUCACUAAUGUAACCAAAGUCACAGUUUUCGGAGCCUCACAGAAAGAUACCAAGUUUUUUGGGAAGCAGACUAGCUUGGAUGACGCUAAGAGAAGACAGGAGUUCUUACUGGAGACGCACAAGAAGAGAAUAGAUGAAAUUGACAAGAAGAAUACACCACUAGCCAAAUCAGAAAGUAGCAAAUCUGUGACGCAAAAACCAGAUACUCCGAAGUUCGAGAGAAAGAGUUGGGUUUGCCGGAAAUGCAACUUGGAGAACGAAUAUUGGAGGAUCAUUUGUCACGUUUGUUCUUCUAUUAAACCGUACUUUGAUGAUUUCUCGUCGUCUUCAAAAGGUGAAAGCAAAAUACAAGUGAAAGCGUCUAGUCCAUUGGUGGUGAAGAAAGAAAAAUCUCCACCUCAGAAGUUUGAUAUUGAGAGAUCAAAGACUCAAAUUGGGUUUUCUGCCCUUGCCAGUUACAAUAAACCAAAGAUUGAAAGAACUGUAUUAGGAGAGGAGCAGUCACAAAAAGAAUUGGACACCAAGAAGGAAGAAAGGGAAAAACUGAAGAGAAUGUUGAUAGAGAUGAAAAACUCAUUGCCGAAACGUAAAUCUCAUGUGCUGCUCAAACAAAACAGCAGGAAAAGUAUUAUCGUAGAAAAUUCUGAAGUGGGUGAAGAAAUAAAAGAAAGUGGAAGUACAGAAGGUAUAGGUGAAAAGUCCAGUGGAAGUGAAGAGAAUAUAACUAAAGAAAGUGAUAUUUCCAAAGGCACAGAGACUGUUGAAAUAGAAAAAACCCAAGAGGAAAAAAUAGCGGAAAUCUUGAUAGGCACAACACAAACUAUAUACGAAAACAUCAAAAUUCGAAAAACAGAAAAUCCAAAACCGCUCAAAGUAUCUUCAUCUGUCCAAACCAGUGCCGUAGUGAAACAAGUAGUUCCGGGCAGCUCUCUGAACAAUUUGAUAAAAUCCCAAUCAAAAAACAAUCACUACGAAUUGAUGCGACCCAAGGAUUUCGAAAAUAUUUACUCUGACACGAAUGCCAAAUCCGCUGCAAAAAUCUACGCGAACUUAGCUAGGAACGACGAACUAUCUUUAUUCUUCAACGUACCGAAAACUUUGAAAUAUACCAACAACGGGUCCAAGACUGUGAAUCAUACUGAUACGAUCGAGAUCAACAGGCUUUUGAAAAAAUUGGAAUCUUCUAUAUCGAAAGGGGAACUUGUGCAAGCUUCUGAUUAUGCAAAAGAAUUGGCGCAGCUGAGGGUUAGCUGUUCUGUGAUCAGACAAAAAGCAGUGGUGCCAUCAUUAGGAGAAAAGAAAAUUCGUGUAGAAAUGUAUGUUGAAGACAAAGUAUCGCACAGAGGACCAUUUUCAGUAGAAGUUUCACAGGAUCAAACAGUUGCUCAACUGAAAUUGCAAAUAGAGAAAGAGUAUGAAAUUCCUGCAGCCUUCCAAAAGUGGAUUUUGGGAAAAGAGUUGGUGACAGAUGACAAAACCACGCUCAGAGAUCACAAUGUCACCACAGAAGGUUGUCCAGUUUUUCUAUACUUGGUUGCACCAGACGGAAAAGGCAUCACAGUCCAAAAAGCGAAUUCGAAAAUUGAUAUAAAAAACCUGCCCUCAACAUCGAGAUUGAGCAUUUUAGUUGAUGAAGCAGAAAAGAAAAAAACUUCCGAAAUGAUUGACAUCACCACGAAACAAACCGGAAGCACUCAAAAGGCACCUAAGGAGAAUGAAGAUUCAAAAUCCGAACAAAAAACAAUUGAUCAUGUUCCCAAAAUAAUAAACGUCAUCAGAAAAGGUUCUGAACCUUCAUCUAAACCAGAAAAAACCCAUGAGAAAAUAGACUUAUUACCAACUACUUCUAGAGAUAAAUUAGAGAAGAUAAUAACAGUGAAACCAAGUAUGGAAGUGAAACCAAUAAUCCAGUAUGUAUUUCCAACCAUUCAAAACUCAUACCAAACCGAAGCUGUACCAGAAAACCCAAAAACACUCACCAAAGAAAAAGAAAAACCCACCAGUACAAACCUACAGUCAAGUACAGGUACAGCAUCUUCCAGUAUUGCAACAUUUGCAACUGAACCAGCUAAAAUACCAGACACCAGUCCUAUACCCCCAAAAGCUGAAAUAGAAGCCACAGUAGAAUACGAAUCAACCACUCUAAAACCUUCCACCGAUUGGGAAUGCCACCUGUGCACAUUGCUGAACCCUUCAACCAGCAAUGUAUGCGCAGUAUGCGCCACAGUCAGACUCAACAAGCCCAAACCGACUGAAGCCAACGUGAUAAGAGAAACUGCCAAGGCAGACAUGACCUAUCUGCAGCUGGUCCAUCUAGACAACGCUGACCUAGUAGAAAAUGCGUACCCCUUCGAGUGCAUGAUUUGCUUCGCGGAAAUAGCCCCAAGAGAGGGGUGCACCCUCAGGGAGUGCCUCCACCAGUUCUGCAAAGGGUGCUUGGCGCAUACCAUAGAGUUCGCUGAGGAGGCAGCUGUCGAGUGUCCUUACAGGGACAACGUCUAUUCCUGCAAUAUCGCCCUCCAGGACAGGGAAGUGAAAGCUCUGGUGGAGCCCCAGGUGUAUGAGCGACACCUGGCCAAAUCCAUGGCGCAGGCUGAGAACAAGAUCGACAAGACGUUCCAUUGCAAGACGCCGGAUUGCAAGGGAUGGUGCAUCUUCGAGGAUAACGUGAACGAGUUCAGAUGUCCUGUGUGCAAGAAUGUCAACUGCUUGACUUGCCAGGCGAUCCAUAUGGGCAUGAACUGCAAGAGAUACCAAGAACAGAUGACGUCAUCCUCGGAAAACGACACCGAGGCGAAACGCACGAAGAAAAUGCUGGAGGAAAUGGUGAAAAACGGCGAGGCCAUAGAGUGUCCGACGUGCAAGGUGAUCCUGAUGAAAAAGUGGGGCUGUGAUUGGUUGAGGUGUUCAAUGUGCAAAACGGAGAUUUGCUGGGUGACGCGAGGCCCGAGGUGGGGCCCCGCCGGCAAGGGGGACACUUCGGGGGGCUGUCAGUGCGGCGUGAACGGGGUCAAGUGCCAUCCCAAGUGCAACUAUUGCCACUAGCUUCUCCUAGAGUUCCUAAAUGUACUUGACACUGCUGUUUUGACGUUUUUUGUAUAUUAGAGUCUUAGAUCAUACAGUCAAUGAUCUAAGAUUAGAGUACCGACACUACCCAGCGAGCACAAACAUCCCUGGGAUGUUUUGAGAAUGUUGGCAUGAAGAUGUUAUUUCGAGACGUAAUAUGCAC